UUUUUUUCUGGCUUUCACAGCUUUACUUUGUGUUUGUUUCAGAUCGAAGCCGCCAUCAUGGGCCGUCGACCCGCCCGCUGUUACAGAUACUGCAAGAACAAGCCGUACCCCAAGUCUCGCUUCUGCCGCGGUGUCCCAGAUGCCAAAAUCAGGAUUUUCGACUUGGGGCGGAAAAAGGCAAAAGUGGAUGAGUUUCCCCUGUGUGGUCACAUGGUCUCUGAUGAGUACGAGCAGCUGUCAUCAGAAGCCCUUGAAGCGGCUCGAAUCUGCGCUAACAAGUACAUGGUGAAGAGCUGCGGGAAGGAUGGCUUCCACAUCAGAGUUCGGCUGCACCCCUUCCACGUCAUCCGCAUCAAUAAGAUGUUAUCGUGUGCCGGUGCUGAUAGACUUCAGACCGGGAUGCGUGGCGCCUUUGGGAAGCCCCAGGGCACCGUGGCUCGUGUGCACAUUGGCCAGGUUAUCAUGUCUAUCCGCACCAAGACCCAAAACAAGGAGCACGUGAUCGAAGCUCUCCGCAGGGCCAAGUUCAAGUUCCCCGGACGCCAGAAGAUCCACAUCUCCAAGAAAUGGGGUUUCACGAAGUUCAACGCAGACGAGUUCGAGGGCAUGGUGGCCGAGAAGCGCCUGGUCCCCGACGGCUGCGGCGUGAAGUACAUGCCCAACCGUGGCCCACUGGAUAAGUGGAGGGCGCUGCAUGUUGCUUAAAUCCCGUGUUUUCAAGUGAAUAAAACCCCGACAUUCUA